AUACGGUGUAAUCUAUCACCGUCCUGUUCAUCUCUCAACUUUUUCCAGUCUUUGGUCGAGUACGAAGAUCACUAUGAGCUUGUGCAUGUGAAUGUAUGUGCAAGCUGCAAUAGAGUGCUGCCCACUGCCCAUCUUCUACAUUUACAUCUUCAAGAGUUUCAUGACUCUUUUUUCAAAGUUUUGGCCGAGACUCAAGUUGCGUUUGAAUGCUUUGUUGAUGAAUGCAAAAAGAAGAGUAAAACAAGUAAUGCAAGAAUUAGGCAUCUGAUAAAGACUCAUGGAUAUCCACAAGAUUUUGACUUUCGGAUUGUA